CUGCGAAGGCUAGUCUGUGAAGAAGCUAAAAAUGGAGCGAAAGUUUAGUAACUUUUGCCGGACUUUUAACGUGGUAGGAUCAAUUAGGAAUCUCAAAGUAUUAAUUGGAUUAGUUUCUUUAGGAUUACUCCUAGAUGUAUGCAGAGCUCAGGGAGGCAAGAGUCGUUGUUAUGACUCGCAAGGACGGGCGCAAAGAUGCAUGCCUGAAUUUGUGAAUGCUGCUUUUAAUGUUCCAGUCAUUGCCACAAACACUUGCGGCGAAAAAAGUAUUUCUAAUGAAUAUGGACGGCCAAUUGAGUACUGUUUACAAACGGGUGUUACGGGAGCUACCAAAUCUUGUUCUACUUGCGAUGCAAGUGACCCAAGGCUUGCCCAUCCAGCUAAAUAUUUGACUGAUUUCAACAACAUUGAUUCUAUGACAUGGUGGCAAUCUGAAACAAUGUUACAGGACAAUGUGCAAUAUCCAAGCAUGGUUAACCUUACCCUCAAUCUAGGAAAAUUAUUUGACAUUACCUACGUGAGAUUAAAGUUCCAUUCGAGUCGUCCCGAGAGUUUUGCCAUCUAUAAACAAGAGACUGAAGACAGCGAUUGGCUCCCAUACCAGUUCUACAGUGCGUCAUGCGAAGGAACAUACAGGAAACGCACACGCGGGAUUAUCACCAAAGAUGACGAGACAGAGGCUAUUUGCACCAACGAAUACAGCGAUAUCUCGCCAUUAACCGGAGGCAAUGUUGCGUUCAGUACUCUUGAAGGACGACCAAGUGCUUACAACUUUGAAAACAGCGAUGUUCUACAGGAUUGGGUAACGGCCACAGGGAUCAGAGUUGUCCUGAAUCGUAUGAACACAUUCGGAGAUGAAGUGUUUGGAGACCCCAAUGUGCUGCGAUCGUACUUCUACGCCAUCUCAGACUUUGCCGUUGGUGGAAGAUGUAAGUGCAACGGCCACGCCAGCGAGUGUGUUAAGAGUACAGGGCAGGGGCUAGAGGAGAGACUGGUCUGUCGAUGUGAGCACAACACGAUGGGACCAGACUGCGGAGAGUGCCUCCCAUUCUAUAACAACAAACCAUGGCAGAGAGCCUCUGCUACUGACGUCCACGAAUGUGAAGCUUGUGAUUGUAAUGGCAAAUCCAGCCGUUGUUACUUCGACAAUCGUCUUUACGAAGCUACUGGUGAGGGUGGCCAUUGUUUGGAUUGCCGGGAGAACACCGCAGGGCCUCAUUGUGAGCGUUGCAAAGACAAUUAUUACCUCAGUCGCGAGGGACGUUGUGAAAACUGCGCAUGUGACCCAACAGGUUCUGAGUCCAUGCAGUGCGACAAUAAUGGACGUUGUCGCUGCAAGCCUGGUGUAGGAGGUGACAAGUGUGACCGCUGUGCUACCAAUUUCUACGAUUUUAGCAUCAAUGGCUGCAGACGAUGUGAAUGUUUGAUUGCCGGGAGUCUCGAUGGGCGGCCAUCUUGUCAACCCGACUCAGGAACCUGUCGUUGUAAGGAAUUCGUUGAAGGCCAGAACUGUGACACCUGUAAACCAGGCUACUUCAAUCUUGAUGCCGACAAUAAGUACGGCUGUAUGUCUUGCUUCUGUUACGGCCAUACAUCUGAGUGUAUGAGUGCACCAGGCUACUCAACUAAGAGCAUCGAGUCUGUGUUUGAUACUGGCAAACAGCGCUGGACGGCAGAGGACAGAGAGGGUCAAAAUAUUGAUCUGAAGUUUGAUGGUUUCACUAGCAACAUUGGCAUCUCAGCUGGGUCGCAGAUUGCCUACUUUGUGGCCCCUGUCCGUUACCUUGGAGACCAACGCAACAGCUACAACCAAAAUCUGAAGUUCUCCCUGAAUGUUGGUGAGGAGGGCGCCAGAGCCUCUGCAAUUGAUGUUAUCAUUGAGGGUGACGGACGCGCAAUUCGUGCCCCAAUCUUUGCCCAGGGUAACCCAACCCCUAGUACCAGGAGCCAGGACUUUUCAUUCCAACUGAACGAGCACCCCGAUCUACAAUGGAGCCCGAGAAUGGAUGGUUUGGAGUUCAUUAAGAUCCUUGCUAAUAUUACGUCUAUCAAAAUCAGAGGUGCUUACACACAAAGCGGUGUUGGCUUUUUGGACAAUGUUGAGCUUGAAUCAGCCAAGAGAGGUAAUGGUGGCGAAGAGGCUUCCUGGGUAGAGCAAUGUACCUGCCCUCCUGGCUAUGUUGGCCAGUACUGUGAGUCAUGUGCCCCUGGGUACAGACGUGAUCCACCUAAUGGUGGUCCAUAUGCCCGAUGUGUCCCAUGCAACUGUAAUGGUCACUCAGAUGAUUGUGAUGUCAACACUGGCAAGUGUAUCUGCCAACACAACACUGCUGGUGACAACUGCGAGAGGUGUAGGCCUGGUUGGUAUGGUUACGCACUGGCGGGAACUGAGAAUGAUUGCAAACAAUGUCCUUGCCCAGAUGGUGGCUCCUGCGCGGAGAUGAUGAAUGGUGACGUCGCUUGUACUAACUGCAAGGAAGGAUACGCAGGCCUACACUGUGAAAUUUGCGCUGAUGGUUACUUUGGAGACCCCCAGGGUAAAUAUGGACCCCGCAGACCAUGCCAAAAGUGCCAAUGUAGUGGCAACAUUGAUCCCAACGCCAUUGCCAACUGUAACACGACUACCGGGGAGUGUUUGAAAUGUAUCUACAACACCGCAGGCUUCUAUUGUGAUGCUUGUCUACCAGGUUACUAUGGUGAUGCUCUUGGUCUUCCUAAAGGACAAUGUAAAGCUUGUGAGUGCUACCCACCUGGUACCUACCAGCCUGGUAACCCUGGAGAUACCUUACUCUGUGAGUCAGGCACUGGCCAGUGUCGGUGCAAGUUCAAUGUGAUUGGACGCAAAUGUGAUAUGUGCCGCGAAGGCUACUGGAAUGUCGAUAGCGAUAAUGGUUGUGAAAGGUGCAACUGUGACCGUAUUGGCUCAUACAAUGGUUCCUGUGAGAUUCAGACUGGCCAGUGUAACUGCAAAGAUGGCGUUGGUGGUAGGACGUGCGGUACAUGCCAACCUCGAUACUUUGGAUUCUCAAAUGAGGGUUGCCAAGCCUGUCAGUGUGACCCUGAUGGCUCCCUUGACCUCCAGUGUGACGAGUUCAGUGGCCAGUGUCCUUGUAAGGCCAACAUUGAAGGCCCCAAGUGUGACAGAUGUCAGGAGAACAAGUACAACAUCACUGCUGGCUGUAUAGAUUGCCCACCCUGCUACAGUCUUGUGCAGGAGAAGGUCAACAUACACAGACGCAAAAUUAACGAACUUCGCAUCCUCAUCAAGAACAUCGGCAAAGAUCCAUCAUCAGUAGAUGACGCAGAUUUCAGAAGGAGGCUGGAGGAAAUGCAAAUCAUAGUCGACGAACUUCUGCAAGAUGCCAGAAAUGCUGUUGGGGUUGACGGACCACUAGCCGAGGAACUCCAGAAAUUGAAGGAUGCGGUUGCCAUGGUAAUUGAUCGAUGUGGCUCCAUCACAAAUGACGUCACUGACGCUCGUGAUUUCAACGAAAAGGCAAAGGAAGGACUUGAAUUGGCUGAACGUAUCCUAAUGGAUACUGAAGAGAAAUUGAUGGCCUCUGCGGAAUAUAUCGAGAAUGAUGGAAAGGACGCGAUCAGAGAGGCGAGAGAAGUUAGAGACAGACUUGAAGAUGAGGCUGGACAAGGUUCUAAGAGAAUGACUGAAAUUGCGAAACUUGCAAGAGAUGAGGCAGACAAGCAAACAGAGCAGGCCAUGUCGAUCAUGAUGACUGCCCAGAAUGCACUCAACACCUCCAAUGAGGCAUUGAGACUGGCUAGACAACUGCCUGGUAUUCCAGAUGAUGUCGCAAGAAAGAUUGAAGGUCUGGGAUUAGAUUUCCAAGACCUUCAGGAUCUGUUUGAUGUAACCAUGAAACAGGCAGAAGAGGCCAGAGAGAAGGCUAAAGAUGCCUAUAAAGACUCCCUUGACAUUUAUGCCAAGUCUCGUGAUGUCAACGUACCUGAGAUUGAUGUUCCAGCCCUGGUUGCAGAGGCCGAGGAAAUCAAAGAAGAGGCAAUGCGUAUCAAGGCUGAGGCAGACCGUCUCAUCGACCAGUACAAAGACCUCAUUGAAGAUGUGAGUGUUCAGAAAGAAGAGGCUCAAGGACUCCUUGAUGAUGCCGAGAGACAACAACAGAUCACAGAUGAGCUAUUGGCUGAUGCCCAUGCUGCAUAUAGCGAGGGACGUGAUGCCGUCGAACGUGCCGAGGAGACACUUGAUGAUGCUAAGAAUACACUUAAGACCCUACUUGAAUUUGACGAGAAAGUGAAGAGAAGCAAAGAAGAAGCAGAUGAGGCACUCAAGAAGAUCCCAUACAUCGAGGGAUUAAUCGAAGAUGCUGAGACAAAAACAUCUGAUGCCAACCAGACUCUAAGUGGAGCCAGAGCUGAUGCCCGCAAAGCUAGAGAUUUUGCUAAAGAGGCACAGAGAAUCGCUGAGGAGGCUUCCAAAGAAGCUGGAGUCAUACGUACAGAAGCAGGGACAACAAAGGUCACUGCGAAUGAACUAAAUGAUUUAUCAGAUAUCCUUGUUGGUGAUGUUGAUGCUGCACGUCGUAGACUGGAAGCCUUAGAAGCUCAAGCAGAAAAAGAUUCUAAACUUGCCAAAGAGGCCCUAAUGAAGGCAGAGGAGGCCAAGAACAGUGCCCAGGACUCCAAGUCUAAAGUCAGUGGGGCUCUGGAUAUGGUCAACAUGAUUCUAGACCAACUUGCGGGACUUGAUAGCAUAGAUACCGAACGUCUGAAUGAACUUGAUGUCGGUCUUAAGAAUGCCGAGACCGAAUUGGUGAACAUUAACUUUACGUCACGCUACAACGAACUAGAGGCAUCAAGAGACAGACAACGUGGGUGGGUCAGUGAAUACACCAUUGACUACAUCAACAUUGAGAGAGAUGUAGAAAAUAUCCGCCAAAUAAAUGCAACUAUUCCCCGAACAUGUUAUAAUGACGUUGACAUUGAAGUAGGAGUUACACCCGCUCCGGGUCGGUAGGCAGUAAUUUCAUUGGUAGACAUUAUUUGUACAAGUUAUAUCAUGCACAGAACUGGAUCAAAAUUUCCCGUAAUAGUGCACAUGUAUUAUAGAGGGAUAAUCAGGCUGGUUGCGACAUAUCUCAACUCCAUUUCCACUCGGACUUCAGAGCAUCAACGCAGUUUUCUUACAUGUACCAUUUUUACAAAUCAGGAAUGAGUAAAACUCCCAUUUACAAUGUGUAUAUAAGCACCAAUUUGGGGGUGUGUCCAACCAGUCUGCUGUGAGUGGAUGGAGUUGGGGGCGUGUCCAACCAAUCUGCUUUGAGUGGAUGGAAUUAGAGGCAUGUCCAACCAGCCUCCACAGUGAGUGGCCAGACCAGUGUCAGUAUAUUAGUAUCAUGUAUUUAUAAUACUCAGGCAUCAAGUUCAAUGUUCACCAAAUGUGUAAAGUGAUAAAAAUCUGGGUUUGGUAUAGCCUGAUAUAGGGCCUGGUUUAGUGUAUUGAUUUAAAGUAUGUCUUAAGGGGGGCACAGUGUUUCUAAUGAUCGACAGCAUACAUUUGAUUAUGCAGUAAAACCUAUGUAAGUGACACAUAGAAAAAGAGUUCCACUUAGGAGGUGUUCAACAUAUAGAAGUGUUACAUUGUACAUAAUGUUGG